AUGUAUGUCCUGGAGGAACAGCGGUACAUCCAUGAGGAUUUGGAGCGUUUGGAACAGGGCAUCGCAGACCGCGUGCGCGAAGAGCCAAAGCAUAUACGCGACCGCUUAAAUCGCGACCACGAGAUUGCCCAACUUCUCGACCAGAUUCAAAAACAGUCAAGCAGCUUAUUAGCUCUCUACAAAGACGACAAUGGAGCUCGAGCUGGAGAACUUCAGGAGCUCAACGCAAGCGACACCUUUGACGCAUUCUACAAACAACUAGGCGAUAUCCGCGAACACCAUGCGAGAUACCCAAACGAGCAGGCGGAAAAUUCGGAGCAGAGAUACAAGCAAAAGAGGGGAGACCCUUCAGUACCUCUGGCGACGGUUGUUGACACAAUAUUCUCUGGAGAAGAGGCGUUUGGCCGAUUUUUCGACUUGAAUACCUGUUAUGACUCGUUUUUGAAUCUUCCCAGCAUUAAGCGACUUACGUAUUUGCAAUACCUCGAGUAUUUUGACAACUUUACCCCCGGUUACGGAGGGGUCAAACGAGGCGACAAGAUGACGGACCAAUACUUCAACUACGUUGGUGAACUGGCGCAAUAUCUGGAAGGCUUUAUGAGAAGGACAAGACCGCUGGAAAACACAGAUGGCGUUUUAUCCGAGUUUGACGAAGAGUUUGGCAAGUUGUGGGACAAGGACGAGAUUGAGGGUUGGCAACUCGAAUCAUCCUCCAAAACGAACGGUACAAAAGCAACUUUAAGUAAUGCCGAGGCGAUAUGGUGCGAAGACUGCGAGAAGGAGUUCAAAAACGAAAACGUCUACAAAAACCACUUGACCGGCCGAAAACACGUCAAGGCAGCAGAACAGCGGAAACAACGACAACAAGAUGCCUCAGCUCAAUCAGGGGACUCAAAAUCAGCCACUGUUUCGUCAACAAGAUUGAAGGAGCGGGCGAUUGCAGAGCGCGAAUACAGAGUAAAAAAACUCGCAAGCUCCAUGUCCACAGAACGUGGCGACACUCGUAUCAACGUCGAACGAAAGCAAGGAAUGACGAAGCGAGAACGAGAGCAGGAACUGGAAAACCUUCUCAAUGCAUCGGACGCUCCACGAGAAAUGGCCGACGACGGUGAAGGUGAGGAGGACGAGGACGAAGACAAGAUAUACAACCCCCUCAAAGUUCCGUUGGGCUGGGACGGCAAACCAAUCCCGUUUUGGCUGUACCGACUGCACGGACUGGGCGUGGAGUUUCCGUGCGAAAUAUGCGGCAACUAUGUGUACAAGGGGCGACGGGCGUUCGAGAAGCAUUUCAAUGAGGCACGGCACAUCUACAACCUCAAGUGUCUGGGUAUCACGAAUCCCACGUUAUUCCGUGACAUUACCAAGAUGGACGAGGCAGUCAGGCUGUGGGAGAAGAUUCAAAAGGAAAAGAAGCAGUCCAAGCUAGACGAGGGCAGCGUUGUGCAAAUGGAGGAUGGCGAGGGCAAUGUGAUGCCGGAGAAGGUGUAUUACGAUUUACAAAAGCAGGGUCUGCUGUGA